AUGGUCCUCAUCGACGGCACAAAGUACGCAUGCCAGCAGUGCAUAAAGGGUCACCGCAGUUCAAAGUGCACUCACACGGCCCGCCCGCUCACCGAGAUCAAGAAAAAGGGCCGCCCGACCUCGCAGUGCACCCACUGUCGCCAACUGCGCAAGACCAAGUCGGUCCACGGUCGCUGUGACUGCGCCGCACGCGACGCCGAGCAGAAAGCCUCGCCGCGCCUGCUCCCGAACGGCCUCGUCGACGCCGUCUCGACGCCCGAGCCUGAGGGCGGCAGCAGCAGCUUCACGACGACCGAGCCCUCUGGAGUGACGCGUCUCCUCAACCCGUGCAACUGCCUCCGCGGCGGCAAGUGCACCUGCUGCUCGGUCGUCAAGCGCUCGGCGCCCAAGCCGUUCCCGGGCGACGAGGCGGCGCCCGUCGCGUCGACCUCGUCCAGCGCCGGCGGCGGGUGCUGCUCGUCGUCGCGCACCAUCACCAACGACGACGACGACGGCGGCGGCGACUACUUCCACGACCCUGUGCCGCCCGCCAUCGACUUUUCGCGCGACAUCCCCGUCUCGACGCCCUCGCCGGGCUCCUCCUCGCACCUCGCCUUCCCUCCCACCACCGCGCCUCUUCCUCCUCCUCCUCCCUCAACAACAGCAACGACCCCGUCGGACGCCCUCUUCCUCCUCCCCGCGACGCACGGCACCCACGCGUGCUUCUGCGGCCCGACGUGCGCUGGCGGUGGCAUGACCGCGCCGCCCAUGUCGGGCAUCGAGCUCCCCUCGCUGUGGGCGCACGGCGCCGCGCUCCCCUCGUCCACGUCCUCGUCGUCGGCCGACCCCUUCCUCACCUCGACCUCGACCUCGACCCCGAACUCGACCUCGCCUGGCACCACCACGCCCCUCCCCUCGCUCCGCACGCUCUACCCCGCACUCCUCGACCUCGAGCUCGGCGACCCCACCACCACCACCUUUGCCGCCGGCACCGCGCCCGCCCCGCCGGCGCCGGCGAGCGAGUCCUUCGAGGACGCCGCCGCCGCGCUCGCGCUCGCGCUCGGCCUCGGUGACCAAGGAGGGCCUCGUCCUCAAUUCCGCGCCGACUGCUCGGCCGUGUACCUCGCCGAACCGCUCGACGAUGCGUGCGGCGGCGCGGCGGGGGCGGGAGGAGGGACGAGCGGUGCGGAGGAGGACGACGACGAGGGGUGCCACUGCUCGAGUGCGUGUGGGUGCCGGGGCGGGGCCAACGGUGGCGGAGGAGCGGUGGCGCAGAAGCAGAUGCAGGAGCAGGAGCAGGAGAAGGAGGAGAGGGAGGCCGAGAUGAGGCGCGUCGCGCAGCUCGCGGCGCUCGGGGCGUUUGGGUGA